AGUGUAUGUGUGUGUUAAUGCAGCAGUGUAUAUUUGUGUGUGUUAAUGCAGUAGUGUGUGUGUGUGUUAAUGCAGUAGUGUAUUUGUGUGUGUGUUAAUGCAGUAGUGUAUAUGUGUGUGUGAAUGCAGCAGUGUUUGUGUAUGUGUGUGUGUUAAUGCAGCUGUGUGUGUAUGUGUAUGUGUGUAUGUGUUAAUGCAGCAGUGUGUAUGUGUUUGUGUUAAUGCAGUAGUGUAUAUGUGUGUGUGUGUGUGUUAAUACAGCAGUGUAUAUGUGUGUGUGUUAAUGCAGCAGUGUGUGUGUGUUAAUGCAACAGUGUAUAUGUGUGUGUGUUAAUGCAGCAGUGUGUGUGUGUGUGUUAAUGCAGCAGUGUAUAUGUGUGUGUUAAUGCAGUAGUGUAUAUGUGUGUGUGUUAAAUCAGCAGUGUGUGUGUGUGUUAAUUCAGCAGUGUGUGUGUGUGUGUUAAUUCAGCAGUGUGUGUGUGUUAAUUCAGCAGUGUGUGUGUGUGUUUGUGUUAAUGCAGCAGUGUAUGUGUGUGUGUGUGUGUGUGUUAAUGCAGCAGUGUGUGUGUGUGUGUUAAUGCAGCAGUGUAUGUGUGUGUGUGUGUGUGUUAAUGCAGCAGUGUAUGUGUGUGGGUGUUAAUUCAGCAGUGUGUGUGUGUGUUAAUGCAGCAGUGUAUGUGUGUGUGUGUGUGUUAAUGCAGCAGUGUAGGUGUGUGUGUGUGUGUGUGUGUGUGUUAAUGUAGCAGUAUGUGUGUGUGUGUGUGUUAAUGCAGCAGUGUGUGUGUUAAUGCAGCAGUGUAUGUGUGUGGGUGUUAAUUCGGCAGUGUGUGUGUGUGUUAAUGCAGCAGUGUAUGUGUGUGUGUGUGUGUUAAUGCAGCAGUGUAGGUGCGUGUGUGUUAAUGCAGCAGUAUGUGUGUGUGUGUGUGUGUGUGUGUGUUAAUGCAGCAGUGUAUGUGUGUGGGUGUUAAUUCAGCAGUGUGUGUGUGUGUGUGUGUUAAUUUUCAGCUGUGUGUGGGUUAAUGCAGCAGUGUGUGUGUAUGUGUGUUAAUUAAGCAGUGUAUGUAUGUGAGAGUGUUAAUGCUGCAGUGUAUGUGUGUGUGUGUUAAUUCAGCUGUGUGUGUGUUAAUGCAGCAGUCUGUAUGUAUGUGAGAGUGUUAAUUCAGCAGUGUAUGUGUGUGAUAAUUCAGCAGUGUAUGUGUGUGUGUGUAUGUAUGUGUAUGUGUUAAUUCUGUGAACUCUCGUGCACGCGCUCGGCAGGUCUCUGGCCGCGGGCUCGUGUUGCCACAGUAACCGGUGUGUGAGUUGGGAUGCUGUAGCGCUACCGCAGUGAUCAGUGAGGGGGAUGGCGCGAUUCCGCUCGGCCUCAUCCGACAUCGGCAUCCUGAUCGACACGGACUCUGACUCACCACAGCGCUCUGAACACGGACAUGUUGCUCGCGCGAGCUCCUGAUCCUGAUGAGGACCGCACGCCCGCUUUCCCCAUCCCCUAAUUCAGGAUCAGAGGGAACGAAGCCAAGUGCUGCAUCUCAUAACAUGCGUCGUAUCGAUCCUCUUUAACUGUUGCCAAAAGCAGACACGAUCCAGGAUGCUUUUACCUAGACUACAAUCCAAUUCUGCCAAUUCACAUAUUGCUCUUGGAUGACCAGUGAGCAGUGAGUUUUGUCUCAGGAUUCUGAACUAGAAUGAAUUUAGCAACGGCCCAUGAACAUUUCAUUAGCACCUCUUCCAUAACAAGUGUUUCAUUUACUGCUCGUCAUUAUGUUCAUGACUCCAAGGAACUCUAAAAACGAAACACCUCAGUAUAUAUAUCUGUAUACGUAUUAUACACGGAAAGUCUGCUGUACUGUGCAUGUACUGUGCAUGUACUACUGUGAAUGAUGUGUAAUUAUAAUACUGGUUUUCAGGCCAUCAGUGUUUAAUUGAUUUACGUUGAUGUUCCACUGUUUACAACAAGCUAUUUUCCUGUCUUCGGCUGUCAACAUCAGAGCAGUAUAAAUGCUGUGUUGAAAACGACGCCCUGCUGUUAACACACCAUCGGAUAAAAAAAGACAAAACAACAUUAUACCCAGCAAGAGUAGCUAGAUAUUGCUCUAGUGUUACGUUUUGAAAAUUUCCCAUCGCGUUCCCCACUUCCUGCUCUCAGGAUGAGUAGCAAGUCGGACUCGGAAGGCGUGCUCUACACGGUGGAGGAACUAGAGUGCAAGAUAUGCUAUAGCCGCUAUGAUGCACGUGCUCGCAAGCCGAAGUUACUGGCGUGCCUGCACCGUGUCUGCGCUCGGUGCCUGAAGAAGAUGGCCGAGAUGGAAUCGUCACCUGGCACUGUCAGCUGCCCAUUCUGCCGCCAUCAGACGCAUGUACCCGAUGAGGAAAUCUGGCUCCUGCAGGAUGACAGUAACAUCCUGGCCAUCCUCUCUUACCAGGAGCGAGUGAGGAAGAGCGGAUCAAUGCCUGUGGGUGAGGUUCUGCUCACCCCAAACAGUCUAAGUGGGGGAGAAAUAGGAACAGGUGGGGAAGGAGGUGGAGGAGAGCAGGCUCACAGUUCCUCAGACUGCCUGGUCAUCACCAUCAUGGAGGUUCCAGGCGAGUCAACUUCACCCGACUCCACUGGCAUGCUGAACAUGGUGCGUCUGUAUCGGCCGGCUAGCUUGGACUCGCUGCCGUGCCACGUGCCUGUGCAGAAGUGGCGAGCGUGGACGUCACGCUCUGUGCCGCGUUUUGUCAUGGGCUUCCUCUGCCUGCUAUAUUUCAGCUCGCUUCCCCUGGGCAUAUAUCUGCUCAUGAUUCAGCAGCUCACACUGGGAGUGAUCCUGGUCAGCCUGGUUCCCUCCACCCUCGUCCUCUGCGUGUUCUACGGCUUCUGUCAGUGCCUGUGCCAUGAGAUCAUGGAGGCCAUCGCCACAUAGACACUUGAUAGAUUGUGUGUGAUUUGUCAGUCUUUAGACAGUGUGAACCAAGCCAAAAUCACAGAUCUGUUCAUUCUGCUCUGACUGCUGAUCUACUGUUGCACUGGAAUAUACCAGCAUUUAGAAGUGAACUUUCAACCACCUUCAGUUCGGGCAAUACAUACAUUUGAAUGAGCAGUUACACCCUGACAUCCAGUGCAGGUUGUUUGUAUUGAGCUACGGCUGCCUCAAUUUGCUGUUGAUUUGUUUGUUUGUUUGUUUGUUUUUAUUCUGUACCUGUUAGCUCAGGCUUAACAUGACUGUGAUCCUUUUACAUACCACUAAUAAGGGAAUGAGAUUCAUAUCUAACAUGGAAAUUAUGGACGUUGUUCCAUAAUGUAA